AUAAACCCUGAUUUCCCUGUCACACCAACAACGCACUAUCUUCCUCCUACCUAUUUCUCUCUCCUAGGGUUCUGAUCAUCGUUAGAUUUCCGGCAUAAAAAUGAGCGGUAAAGAAGGCGGCGGAUCCACCAAGGGAGGCAGAGGAAAGCCUAAAGCUUCAAAAUCGGUUUCGAGGUCUUCCAAAGCCGGUCUGCAGUUCCCCGUCGGUAGGAUCGCUAGAUUUUUGAAGGCCGGAAAGUAUGCUGAGCGUGUUGGUGCUGGUGCUCCAGUCUAUCUCUCCGCCGUCCUUGAGUAUCUCGCUGCUGAGGUAUUGGAGUUGGCUGGAAACGCAGCAAGAGACAACAAGAAGUCAAGAAUAGUACCGCGUCACAUUCAAUUAGCAGUGAGGAACGAUGAGGAAUUAAGCAAGCUUUUGGGUCAAGUAACAAUCGCAAACGGCGGGGUAUUGCCCAACAUUAAUCCGACUCUUCUGCCCAGGAAGCUAGCGGGCGGUGGUAAAGACAAUAAUACUCUAUCUCAAGAGUUCUAGACAUGUUUCGGAUGUACUUUAGAAAGAGUUAUAAUUAGUGCUUAUUUUCAAUGGAGUUAUGGGUUUGAUUAUUCCCCUUUUUUUGUUCUUAAUAUAGCAGGGGUUAUAAUGUUGGUGUAAUGUAGUAGUCGUGGAAUUUGAUAAGCUUCUUUUAUAUGGAAAAUUUGUUAAAAUUCGCGCA